AUGACCAUCGUUCCUGGAACCUACCGCAUCAAGAACGCCAAGUCCUGGACUACGUUCGACCAGAGCAGGAAGGACCGUAACAAGAUUCACGGUUGGCAAGAGCGAACCGACCAACAAAACCAGCAUUGGUAUGUUCAACGCAUUGGCGAGGCCUACCACAUCAAGAAUGUCGAGACCGGACAAUACGCACAUGUAGAUGGUGGCUACAACAGUAGCAAGCUCCAGGCGUCUGGCUCUCCAACCACCUGGUACCUCCCGCAAGAGGGAGACGGAUCGGUCUUCGUUACUCUUGCCGGCACUAACUUUGUUGUUGACCUUGACAUGGGAAAGGCCGACAACGGCACGACUAUUCACUUGUGGGAGAAGACCGGUGCAAAGCAACAGAAAUGGUUCUUCGAAAAGAUCAACGAUAACGCUGGGCAACAGCAGCAAUCCCAUCAGCAGCAGCAACCUCAACAGACCUACCAUCCGCCACCUCAACAGCAGCAACAGCAGCAACAGCAGCAACAGCAACCUCAGUAUCAACAACCCCAACAGCCCCAGCAACCUCAGCAGCCUCAACAACCCCAGGAACCACCUUGCCCCGUUCCUCCCGGUACUUACUUCCUUAAGAACGUCAAGACUGGCACCGUAAUCGAUUUGAGCCGCGGCGCGGCCGACGAGGGUGCUGACGUAUUCGGGUACAAGCACAACGGUGGAAAUAACCAGAAGUGGCUCCUCCAACCCUCGGGCCGUGGCCAGAACAUGACUCUCAAAAACGUCCAGGCCAACACCUACGCGUCAUUCCCAGGCCAGAGCUUUGCACAGGGUAUCCUCGUCAAGGCAUCUCAACAGGCACAAGAGUACACUAUUCGUGCUGCAGACAAAGGAUUCUAUGUCCAGCCCACCGACCGACCCGGCUUCGUCCUUGACUUGGUUCACGGAUCCGAUGACAAUGGAACAAAGAUCUGUGUCUGGCAGAACAACCAACAGGACAACCAGAAGUGGUAUUUCGAGCGUGCUUAA